CAAUCAUACGUUUUUUGGACUUCAUUCUAUUUGUUUGGGUUGUGGUGUAAUUUUUGUGGCGCACACGCGUACAACAGUAACAUAAAUUGUGUUACAGUAACGAUUUGCUAAAAGUGGUAAGCAUUAGGUAAACACGGAAAUCAACAAAUAGAAACAAUCGAAUAUAGAAGUGAAACAAAGAAAAUACAUAAAUCUAAUUUAGUGUGUGUGAGAAAAAAAGUCAAUCGUCACAUUCAGAGCGUGUUUUAAAAGCUAUCGGAAAUUAUUGAGCGAGUGGAACAUUGUUUAAUUGAAAGCUGUAGUUAUCAAACAAAUUGAUGGAAUUUGAAAAUACGCAAUUCAUUGAAGCUGCUGCUGCGGCGUCGGCAACAACAAGUAUUGCAAAAGAUAUACCUGUCGCUGAACAUAUGCAAUCCGGUUCCGGCCGCUUAUCGUCCAAUGACAAUGACGCGGCAACCACACAAUCGGCAUCCAACGUUACAUUGGAAAAUAAACAAAACCACCCAAAAAUGCAAAAACAGGCAAUGUCUGCUGAUGAGCGAAAUGCAACAAAACGAUCUCUAGUCAUACUGGCAGCGAUCUUCAUUGCCAGCUUAUUCGCAAUGGCCUACGUAUACAUGAUAUUUCCCCAAUUGAAUGAAUCGGAGAAGCAGCACAUUAAGAUACCCCGUGACAUUCAAGACGCUAAAAUGUUAGCCAAGGUUUUGGAUCGUUACAAGGACAUGUACUACUUCGAAGUGAUGUUUGGCGUCGUUACGGCUUAUGUAUUCCUACAAACCUUUGCCAUUCCAGGAUCUUUAUUCCUAUCCAUACUGUUAGGAUUCCUGUACAAGUUUCCCAUCGCCCUCUUUCUCAUCUGCUUCUGUUCAUCGUUGGGCGCCACACUUUGCUACAGCCUCUCGAAUUUGGUUGGUCGUCGCCUGAUACGCCACUUCUGGCCGAAGAAGACAAACGAAUGGUCCAAACAUGUGGAGAAACAUCGCGAUAGCCUCUUCAACUAUAUGCUCUUCCUGCGCAUGACACCUAUCUUGCCGAAUUGGUUCAUCAACCUGGCAUCGCCGGUAAUCGGUGUGCCCGUGUACACGUUCGCCUUGGGCACCUUCUUUGGCGUGGCACCGCCGUCUAUUGUUGCCAUACAGGCCGGCAAGACAUUGCAAAAGAUGAGCAGCUCCAGCGACGCAUUCUCCUGGACAUCGAUGGGAUUGUUGUCGAUAUGCGCACUGAUCUCACUGCUGCCGGGUUUGCUGAAGAACAAGCUGAAAAAGAAGGUCGAAUAAAGUGGCGUCUGGACGCAAACUAUGGUAAACGGGGAUUGGUUUAUUGAACGGCGCAGUCAAUACGACUAACGGGAAUGGACAAUGCGUGAUUUUGUGUUAUUGGUUGUUUUGUCGAUUAAUUUAAGUGCGUGCGUUAAGCGUUAAGAAAAUGAUAUAAAGCUGAAAACAUAGAAACACCCAACGUAGCUGCACGUGUAUGUGUGUAUGUUUUAUAUGUUUUUGAAUUCUUUGAUAUUUUUUUAUAGAAUAAUAUUAGUGCUAUGUACAUGCUAUGAAUUCACCUAUGUUACACAUAUGUAACGGAAAACAAAUGAAAUGCUGCAAUAUAUAGCUUCCUUCCUUUGAAUGUACAUAUGUAUGUAUGUAUGUAUAUGUAUAUUAUUCCAAUAAUACCUUAAGCUGCUACAAAAUAUAAGUUAGUUAAAUUUUAAUUUAUUUAUUUGCAAACUCUAGCACUUACAUAGCUUUGCAGUAUUCCAAUCAGGGUUGCAAUCUUUUUUUAUUCCAAAAAUUAAAAAU